ACUGUAAACCCUUCCUGUUUUCCUUUCCCUUCUCUGUUCUGUUUUCCCGAUAAACACAAACACAGUUUCUCAUAAACCCUUCUUCCGCAUUGAAUCUUCAAUUCAUCAAUCAUUCUAAUCAAAUUCUUCUUCAAAAAUCCUUAUCAAUGUUCUUCCAUAAGCUUUUCUCCCGUGUUCCAGUUACCAUUUCCGGAACCUCGAUUCUCUCAGCUCCGCGAAUCCCUCAACAACACUUCCACAACUUCUCCAAUCAAUUACAUUCCCUCAUCAUUCCUCAUUCUACCAACAAGCUAUUUCCAGUUCAAGUCAAUUUCUUAUGUCCAUCUAUAAAUUCAUCAACUUCAAAAUUUGGAUUUUCUUCAUCAGCCUCAGUUGAAACAGAAGGGAAAGAAGGGAAUAAUGUGCAUAAUGGCAAUUUCACAAGUGCUGACCCUGCAAAAACAAGUGAAGAAGCAGAGGAAAUUGAUCAGCCUGGACAAGCCAAGUCUGCAGAUCAAACAGAAGAAUCAGGUUCUAUUUCAGCAGAUUCACAUUCUCAAACUGUCAAAAGGAGGAGGAGGAGUAUUAAACGAACUGCUUUUUCUGAUUCAGAUUCAGAUAGUGAAUCGGAUCUAUCCAGGGAUGAUUUGAUUAAGCUUGUAGCUGAGAAGGAAGAACUUUUGAAACUAAAGAAAAAAGAGAUUGAGAAAAUGCAAGAUAAAGUUCUCCGUACUUACGCUGAAAUGGAGAAUGUCAUGGACAGGACUAGACGUGAAGCAGAGAAUUCAAGGAAAUUCGCUAUACAGAAUUUCGCAAAGAGUUUACUUGAUGUUGCGGAUAAUUUGGGAAGAGCUUCAUCAGUUGUAAAAGAAAGUUUUUCCAAAAUUGAUACGUCAAGUGACUCCUCCGCUGAAGCGGUGAAACUCCUGAAGACACUUCUGGAAGGUGUUGAAAUGACUGAGAAACAACUUUCAGAGGCACUUAAAAAGUUUGGUGUAGAAAAAUUUGACCCUACAAAUGAGCCCUUUGAUCCACAUAGGCAUAACGCAGUCUUCAAAGUUCCUGACGGUUCCAAGCCCCCAGGCACUGUUGCAGCUGUGCUGAAGGCAGGAUAUUUGCUUCAUGAUCGUGUUAUUCGGCCAGCGGAAGUUGGUGUAACCCAAGCAAAAGAAAAUGGCAAUUCAGCUGAAUGAUGGUAAAGAUAAUAUAGCUGAUAAGGAUUCGUAUGAUUAAGAGAUUCCUGAGGGGCAUCUUAUUGGAUAUCAUGCAACGUUUCCUUCAAAGUGCAUCAGAAGCAUUGCAAUCUUCCUUACUUGCUACCUUAAUUGCAUGUGAAUUUCAAUUCAUCGUUGACUGUAAUGGUAUCAGAAUUUUGAUUCAUCAUUGAUUGUAAAUUUGCAUUUCUAUCAUAAAAGGGUUGUUUGGCAAGACAAAUAAGUUAGCUUAUGACUUGUAGUUUAUAAACUCAUGACUAAAAAAUACAUGUUUGGUAGCGGGCAUUUCAUCAUUUUUCA